AUGCUACCGCCAGUUUUACAUGGAGGACCUUUAACAAUAAGUAAUCCGACAAGAGAUUCAGAAGCUGAGUUUACUAUGAUUGGUCAUCGUUUUGAAAAUGCGAAAGACUUUAAGGAUGCAUUGUGUGACUUAGCCGUCAAACGCAAUUUCAACUUUCGGUUCAUAAAGAACGAUAAAGAUAGAGUGACUGUGACAUGUGCUGAUGAAGAUUGUCAAUGGCGUGUUCAUGCCUCAAGAGACAGAAACCUUCCUACAUUCAGGAUUAAAACAGCACAACAUGAACACACAUGCGUGGAUAUACAACGAGAUAUAUUACGUGACCACGGUGUUCGUCUGCCGUAUAAACAAGCCUGGAUGGGUAAAGAGUUAGCAAAGGGAAUUCUUCAUGGCAGUGAUAUAGCAAGCUAUGAUCUGUUGGUAUGGCCUAUGCUUUUUCUAGAUGGAACUCACUUGUUGGGCAAAUAUGGCGGUAUCCUUCUUGGUGCAACAGCCAAAGAUGGAAAUGAAGGAUUUUUUCAUUUGGCGUUUGCUAUCGUGGAUAAUGAAACUGAUGCUAACUGGACAUGGUUUAUAUCAACUUUGGGUGAUGCAAUAUACGGUAAUGACGACUACACCAACAUAAUCACAUUCAUCUCGGAUCAGUCGAAAGGACUUGUAAAUGCUAUUGCGAAGGUUUUUCCUUCAUCCCCGCAUGCUUAUUGCUUGCGACAUCUACAUGCAAAUUUUCUUAAAUCAAAUGGGCAGCUAGGAAAGUCAUUAAAAGAUGAGUGCUGGAGUUUGAUUAUGAAGAUUGCAUAUGCAUCGAUUAUGCAAACUGAUACAAAUGUCCAUCGCUUCAUUGAACCAUACUACACUGUCAAAUCCUACAAGUUGACAUACAAAGAAUCGAUAUUCCCUGUACCAGAUCAUGACAAACCAUUGGAUGACUCUCGCCAACUCCGUAUUUGA